UGAUUUAUGAAUGGGGUCGGGAAGGCACAGCUGCGUGUACAGCCAGUAUCUUUCAUAACUUUCCUUAACAACGAAACAACAACGUGUCAACAAGAGACCUGUACAACGCUCCCGACGAACGGAACAGCGAUUCCGCCGAAAAUACGAAAUCCACGAUGAUACGCGCGGAGCUGACCGAUCUGUUGGACCGGAUGAUGAAGACAGAUAUUUUCCACCCCUCGGAGAAGCUUCGAAUGAUACGGGACGAGGAGAAGAGCUUCCUCGAUCCGAAUUUGAUCAUGGACGCGAGGCACCGGAUACUUCGCGAGGAUUUGUCCGUCUCGCCGACGAAAUGCUCCGUCUUGGCGGAGGCAAAGAGAUUGUUCACGGAGGAGGAGGACGCGAAGUCGUAUAUGAAGAAGCAGCAGCGAUUCCUGGAGAGGGAGCUGAAGAGAUUCGAAAUGGAGGUGCUGAGGAGUCGGCCGAAGUUCUCGAGACCCUACACGUGCAAGAGGAGGACCUUCGCGCCGUCGGACGACGAGGAAUUUUGGAGUGCCUGCAGGAGAGCCAAACGUAAGAUAUCCGAGGACACAGAAAGGAGCAGCCAGGACAGACUGGCGGACGCUCCUUGGAAAAAGAGUAUGCUGCCGAAGGCUGACUCCGCGUUGAAUGACGAGAAGGUAGAAAAUUCGGAGCCACCCUUGGGAAGCAUCAAGGUGACAAUCACGGACAAGCCUAACUCGGAAGCGGAACUGCAGCGAUUGGACGUUCUGAGGAAAUGCUUCGACGCUCUGAGAAGUAACGCCGAAGAGGAGCGCCGGCUGAGGGACAUCAAGACGAAGAUCCAGCAGAGCGUGACCUCGAGGAUCACGAGGAAGUACUUCGACAUCUGGAGGACGCGUCUGAGGAACGAGACCAACGACGCGCAGGAAGAAAAGGAGGAUCCGAGGGUCUCCGAGGAGCGGAAGAUCGAGUUGUUCAUCAACGCGAUCACGGAGCAUCAGAAGGAGCUGAUGAGGACCAAGAAACCGAGGGGCAAGGACGACGGUCCAGCCGCCAGAGAAUUCGACACGGUGACGAGGAGGAGAAGCACUGUUUUCAAAGCUGUCGCCGCGGAAUCGCCGGCGCAGAGCCGUCUGAGCGCGCAGAAGAAGAUCAUAGAGAGCCAGAGAGCGAAGCUGGCGGAGCAGAACAAGAUCAUCGAGGAGCUGAAGCUGAGAGAGACGCAGAAGGAGAUCUACAGGUCGAGCAAAGAGACGGUGCACGUGGUGAAAGAGACGCUGACCCAUUGCGGGAAGAUGACGAGGAGGACGCUGAUUCAGUUGAUGCAACAGGCUGGUUACAGGGACGAAAGCUUAACGGUGCCCCACCAAGCGCCGGGUGCUCCGAAAUUUUUAUUGAGAAUGGAGGCGCGAGCAGAGGCGAGGCGGGAGAGGGUGAAACUGGCGGAAGAGUCGCGCAGGAGGAAACUGGAGGAGCAGAAGAUGAGAGAAGAGGCUGCUAGGCUAGAGGAGGAGCAGAAGAAGAGGAGAUUGCAACAAGAGGCCGCGGCGGAGGCUAGGAGGCUUCGACGGGAACAGGAGCAGAAUCGUCUGCGCGAAAUAGAGCGGCAUAACAGGCUGAACAAUAUCGCCGACCAGUUCUACCGGCGGUACCUGUUGAGGCGUUAUUUAAUCGAGCCGUUGAUCGCGCUCGUCGAACGGAAGAAAAGUAACGUGAGGAAAGCGGACGAUCAUUACAGGGAGACUCUAACGAGGAAGAUAUUCGUCGCCUGGAGAAGAGAAACCGAAGCGGAAUUGCUAGCGAGGAUCACGAUCGCAGAGUCUGUUUACAAUAAACGUUUGACGAUAAGUGCGUUCGGGGAAUGGAGGCGGAUGGUGAAAGAGGAGAACCUGAAAUAUCAAGUUGCCACCGACUUCUGCGAGAUAAAGCUGCUGGAUAGGUACUUUGCGCUAUGGCGAACGGUAACCUUAGAACUGAAAGCGGAACGCGAAAGAAACGAGGAGCUGGCUGGCAGACACUAUGUAAAUCAACUGAAGCGGAGGUACCUCUUUACGUGGAGGAGGUACCUCGCGAUUGCCGCGGAUAUUACAGAAAGCGAGAAAAGAAGAAACGAAUUGAGGCAACUGGUGCAGACAGUGAUUCCCGACUUUAAUCCCAAACAACGGGGCGUUGCGCUUGAAGAUUGAAGUUAGUUUCUAGAGAUCACGAAUAAGAAAACUGUACAGUGUAGACGACGAAAGUUAUGUAACACAAAAGCUAUUAUUGAUUUUAUAUUAUUUUCUUCCAUAAAAAAGAUGUGAACAUCAGUAAUGCUUAGACCUUAGAUGUACUAUACACAAUUGAUUAAUAUAAUUUAUUGCGAUGAUCGUACAAUGGCCACUUUAUCACAGUUACAAUAAGUAUAUAAAUAAUGUGCGCAAUAAUGAAAUGAAAGUAACCAGCACAGUAACUGAGAGCAACCCUUUUGCAUUACGAUAUGUUACUUCGGAGUUCGAUAUUACUAGCGAUAGCUUAUGUACGAGUUGGUUUGCUACUAUAAAAAAAAGAGAAAAAAAAUCGGUCAAGAAUGGGGAAAAAAAAAUUAAAGAAUAUAAAUAGAGAAAAGUGUGCUUGAACUAAUAUUGAAGUGAAUAUUAUAAUUCACGUACCGCCUGAUGUUCUGGCCUCAUUGUUUCAGAUUUUUAAAUAUCCUCUGCGCAAUGCAAAGUAUCACCAUCCAUACAA